AUGCGGGAGCAUCCAGUGUCCCUUGCAGCCGUUUCAACGACUCCCUACCCGCCAAUCUGAAAUAAUGUACGCAUUGACACUAGCUGGCAUACCAAUCGCCGUAGGCGCAAACGAGGCCGUGCACCAACAGCGGCUUCUGGACGAAGAAGCAGAGGCCGAAGAGCGCCAGGAAGAGUUCUAUCUCGAUGUUUUUUGUGAUGCGAAGAGCAGGAAGAAAGAUGAGGUGCACGGCGCGAUUGUUGUCUUGAAAGACGGAAAGAUACGCCUCUGGCCCAAAGACCCAGAAACAGGACUCCCAAAACCCGGUCCAAACAACGAACCAGCACCCCACCCAUUCACAGGAUUCUACCUACCUUUCCCCUCCUCUGAACUCCCGCACCGCCCCAUGCCCGCAGCCCCACUCCUUGGCCUUGUCAGCACUGUGCCACCAUCUUGCCAUCCAUUUCCUUCCUCGCCCGAAUCCUCUGCUCCCUCUACUCCGUCUCCUCCGCCAAAAACCGCUCCAAGACGGGCGAAACCAAAGCUAAACUGGAUCUAUGCGCACAAAAAGACACGCGAGUUGCGCUAUGGACCCCGAUCUGAAGCGAAGAAGCAUAAAGUCGGGUCGUGGGAUUGGACGGAGGAUGAGCAGGGGUUGACGCUAGAUGAUGAGGAGUGCCUUGUUGCUGUGGAAGAGGAAAAGGGAGGGUAUGGGUGGGCUGUGUAUUGGGAUCGGGAAGAUGAUUGUUUGAAGGAGGUGGGGGUGGGGCAGGAGAAGAGAGUGCUGAGGUGUAGUUUGGAGAGGAGGCUUGUUGAGAAGAAGAGGAUUAAGGGGCUGGAUGAGGAUUGAGGUGAUGAUGGAAUGACAUGGCUAGCAAGGAAGUGAGAGGGUAGGAGGGUUUUUGAAGCGAAUGUCGGUAAGGCUAAGCCUUGCAUUGUUUCGUGCAAGGCAGGUUUGAUUUGGUUCGCUGGUGUUGGUAGUAUUACAGACGUAUGAAGAAGUAACGCCUUGUAGGCUAACUAUUGGUACAUGCGUACUUGUUUCCAAAACAUGUUCCAGAGGGCUUGCAUGGUACUAUCAUAAUACACUGCUUGUACAAGAG